AAAAUGAUUUUCCGCCGCAGCGUUAUCCUCCAGCUCACACUAAUAUACAAUUUGCCUUUAGACAUUAGGCUGCGCCCCCUAGUGCUGAGGAGCUGUGACUGUUGUACAUCAUUUUGUGGAUGAUAAACUGGAGGCCGUUAGCUCACGCGUCCUGUAAGUGAUUGUUGUAACCCAAACAUGUCGUGGAUGAACGACGGCAUUUGAACUCAAUGUGAUUAUUUAUAUUUCUACGUCGUGCUCGGUUGUGGAAUGUCAUUAAAGUUGUAGACUUUUGCUCGGGAUAGUAAGAUCUCGUUUCACUCGGUAGUGCGCUGAAGUUCAAACUCUUAGUCACGUAUCCGAGGAGUCUAAUUUUACCCCUGAACUUCAGUGCAUCUGGGUCGUAUCCGUCUGCCCUUUAUAUCUGAAAUGACCUUCAGGUUCAUGUUACCGCCCACUUAUGCACGAGUGACCCUUGACCUUUCCGUUUCCAGGUUUUCCAUUUUUCCAGGAUUUUAUGAAUAGUCGCCUCUGGAAUUAUUCCUCAUUAUUAUUAUUAUUAUUAUUAUUAAAUCCCUACCACACUGAUCUUACAUUUAAUCUGUGAUCGUUCCGUGUUUGGGAAGGUUUAGGUUUUUAUAUCACGCGUGUCUGGGAUUGUACGCGCCUUCGAGGUCGCUCUGAUCCCUGACCUUUCCAGCAGGAGGACAGUUUAGAGACGGUCCCAUAUUUGAGCGAGGUGCCAUAUCCAUUUUUGAUGACUGACAUUAGGGAGCGUCUUAAAAUAGGCAGCCAGAGGGGCAGGAAGAGCACUCAGCCGGAGCCGUCGAGCUAGACACACACACACACGCUCAGUGUCUGCAGCCAGGAUGUCCAUCGUCAAGAUCCACGCUCGUGAGAUCCUCGACUCCAGAGGAAACCCUACAGUGGAGGUCGACCUUUACACGGAGAAAGGUCGGUUCAGGGCUGCGGUCCCCAGCGGAGCCUCCACAGGUGUUCAUGAGGCUCUGGAGCUGAGAGACGGAGAUAAAACUCGCUACCUGGGCAAAGGUGUGGCUAAAGCUGUUGAUCAUGUGAACAAGGACAUCGCUCCCAAGCUGCUGGAGAAAAAGCUGAGUGUUGUUGACCAGGAGAAGAUCGAUCAGUUCAUGCUUGAACUCGAUGGCACUGAGAACAAAUCUAAAUUCGGUGCUAACGCUAUCCUGGGUGUGUCUCUGGCGGUGUGUAAGGCUGGUGCGGCGGAGAAAGGUGUUCCUCUGUUCCGCCACAUCGCUGACCUCGCCGGCCACGCUGAUGUCAUUCUGCCCGUUCCUGCGUUUAACGUGAUUAACGGUGGCUCUCACGCCGGGAAUAAACUGGCCAUGCAGGAGUUUAUGAUUCUUCCCGUCGGGGCGGCGAACUUCCGCGAGGCCAUGCGCAUCGGUGCUGAGGUUUAUCACAACCUGAAGAGCGUCAUCAAGGGCAAGUACGGAAAAGAUGCCACCAACGUAGGGGACGAGGGCGGAUUCGCCCCCAACAUCCUGGAGAACAAUGAGGCUCUGGAGCUGCUGAAGUCAGCCAUUGAGAAAGCCGGCUACACCGAUAAGAUCAUCGUCGGCAUGGACGUGGCUGCGUCCGAGUUCUACAGGAGCGGAAAAUACGACCUGGACUUCAAAUCCCCCGACGAUCCCAAACGCCACAUCACCGGAGACCAGCUCGGAGAUCUGUACAAGAGCUUCAUCAAGAAUUACCCAGUCCAGUCCAUCGAGGACCCCUUCGACCAGGACGACUGGGAAAACUGGACGAAGUUCACCGGCUCUGUGGACAUCCAGAUCGUAGGAGACGACCUGACCGUGACGAACCCCAAACGCAUCCAGCAGGCUGUGGAGAAGAAAGCCUGCAACUGCCUGCUGCUCAAAGUUAACCAGAUCGGCUCAGUCACCGAGUCCAUUCAGGCAUGCAAACUGGCUCAGAAGAAUGGAUGGGGUGUGAUGGUCAGCCAUCGCUCUGGAGAGACUGAAGACACCUUCAUUGCUGAUCUGGUGGUUGGCCUCUGCACAGGACAGAUUAAGACCGGCGCCCCCUGUAGGUCAGAACGCUUGGCCAAAUACAACCAGCUGAUGAGAAUCGAGGAGCAGUUGGGCGACAAAGCCAAGUUUGCAGGGAAAGAUUUCCGUCAUCCCAAAGUGAACUGAAACGCGAGUCGCCAUCUGUCUCGAACACUCGCAGUAAACACUCGCAGUAAACACUCGCAGUAAACACUUUUUAUACUGAGGCUCAGUUUGAGUUGGAGUCCUGCAGUUACACACACACACACACACACAACAUCAAAGACAUGA